AUGUCGACAAUGUACAUGGAAACGGUUUCACUAAAUGAUGACGCGCCUGUCACGUCUUCCACGUCCUCUUCUUCAACCUUUUUGGACGUGGACACUCUGGAAGCUCAAUUUGCUUCGUCAUCGACUCAGGAUGAAGCCGCGUCACUGGAAACCAUCGUACCGGUAUCAGACAGCAAUGGUACCGGUAAUAGUCAGAAUGAAGACGGUAUCAUGGAGUCUCGAACUAGUCAGAUAAACAAACAAAACGUGGAUGAUUCGGUCGUGGUUGACGUAAACACUGGACACAAGGAUAGUAAUGGAUUUUCCAGUCAGAACAAUGGUAAGAAGCACCAUGUGCUACCUCCACUACGUAUCUUAACGCAACAUUUGGCUGUUGAGGAGAGAGAUUACGUAGACACGACGUUAUUCUCUCCUGACGUGUCAAGACAUGCUAUGGAAGUGGCCCAUCGUCGUGCUAAAGCUCUUGCAACGGAGGUGAAAGAAAUGAUUGACUUGGAAGUUCACGUUGAUGGAACUACAAAUGCAACGACCAAAAUGUCACCAGCUGAAGCAAUGGGUAUUAUUGGUGGUGCCUUUGCCAAUUCCUUGCAACGGGCCAAGAAGUUUGUCAAACCAGGAACAAAGGAAUACGAUCUAUUGUCAGGAACAUCUCCAUUGGGAAGAACGUCGAAAUUGGAUGAUCUUGACACAGACGGAGACGGAUUACAGCUCUCACCUGAUGCAAUUCACAGCGAUGGAAAACACUUUCGCGAAAAGUUAAAACCGGCGCUGAAACGCAUCUCGGCUUACUCGAGUGCUGCUGCACUUGAGCCGGAAAAGACAUGGAAUACUCGACCACAGAAGAAAAAAAGUAUCUUGUGGCACGAAGACGUGUUGGAUGCUGAUGAAGAGUUUUACGAAGAUAAUACUGAUGGACAGGAGACGUGUUCGUUGAUGAAACCGAACGAAGGUGCCGUCGGAAAUGGCAACGGUAGCCCUCGAUCUCAAUUGCUAAACUACAACAGUAAAACUAAUGGACAGCUUACGCCACGGAGUAGAAAGAAGCGCAAAAAAAAGUUGUUGAGAUCUAUGAUGCGACGACUGACACCACGCGAGAAGGAGGAGCUGUACCGCCAGCGACCAGACCUGAUGAUUGUGCCAAACUGGGCGCAGAAGUAUCGUGAGGAGAUAACAGGUGAAGAUUCAACUCGCUGGAAUGCUUGGCUGCUUGGGCUAAUCAUGGUGCUGGCUGUGCUACUGUUGGUAUUCCUUCUUCUCGUCGUGCGGCAACGUGCCGUCGCAGUGACGAGUUAG